AUGAAUCAGAAGAUACUUCUGAUAGUAUAUUAAAAUAUAAUUCAGAUUCUAUAUCUGUUACACUUUUUGAAUCUUCAGCUUUAUAUAACAAAUAUUCAAUAUCAUCUUCUAAUCUUAAGCGUACUACUUUAUUAUAUACUUCUAAAUCUUUAUAUAGUUCUGAACUACUUACUUUAGAUAACUCUAAAAAUCUUACUUUACCAUCAGAUAGUUUCACUUAUUCAGAUCCUUCUAAUGUUAAUUUUUCUCAAAAUACUAAAAAACACAA